AUGUUACAGUUUCGGACUUCUCUGUGGCUUCUUAGCCUGCUCUCAGCUCGCCUAGCCUUUUCCUUGAUUGUCCCACAAGAAAUACUGGAUGAUCAAAAUGCCCAAUCCGAGCUCUCUGGCGAAGAUUUCUCAUUGAAUGCGACUGAAAUCACAGAGUACGAAGUUUCGGCUCUUGAUGCUCGCUCGUGUGAGAAUUGGGACCCAGAAGAAUGGGACUACGAUGUCGCGAUCAUUGGCGGCGGCCCUGCUGGCUUGGCCGCGUCCAUGUCCCUUGGCCGGGUAGCCCGCACAUCAGUCAUGUAUGACUCGGAGGAAUAUCGUAAUGAGAGAACUCGUUACAUGCACGAUGUUCUCGGUCAGGAUGGUCAAGUUCCUCUGAAAUUCCGGAUUGCCGCUCGUGGCCAGAUCGAUGAACACUACAGCGAUUACUCUUUCCGUGCGACUCGGGGGAGCAAAGUAACUGCCAUUCAGCCUCUUACCAAAGGCUUCCGUAUCUACGAUAGCAAAGGGGGCAAAAUCCUUGCUCGGAAGGUUAUAUUGGCUACUGGAAUCAAGGACGUUCUGCCAAAUAAGCCAGGGUUUGCGGAUGCUUUUGGCAGGGGCUUGUUCUGGUGUCCCUGGUGUGAUGGAUUUGACUACAAGGGACGCCCAAUGGUGGUUAUUGGUCAGCCUGGUAAAUUUGCUAGUGCCAUCGGCUCCGCGCUGAACUUGAGAAAACUGACGACAAACAUUAAAAUUGUUGUCGGCGGUACCCUCACCGAGGCUGAUAAGAAGGCUGCGGAAGAGAGAUGGCCUGGGUGGGAUACUGUUAUACAAAAGACAUAUGGCAUUCCGGUCUAUCAAGUCGAUGUGACGAAGAUUGAGAGAACUGCCAAAGGAAAUGAACCUGGUGAUGACGAAUACAAACUCACCCUGAGUGGCGCGCCGUCGACUCUCGUCACUCAUGGCAUCAUGAUCAGUGCCGAGACUACGCAGACAUCCAGCUUGCACAAGCAAUUGCAUCUGCAGAUGGAUGGAAAGUCCAUUAAAGUUCAACCUAACAUGGAGACCAGCGUUGGCGGAAUUUACGCUGUCGGUGAUGCCAAUAACGAUGGCAGCACUAACGCCUACCAUGCUAUGUGGAGUGCCAAGCGUGCUGUUGUCAAUGCCCACGUUGCCAUAUCCAAGGAGGAAUAUCUUGAAGCUGCACCUGCUGCCAUGGUGGCUUCAAUGGGCGGUGACGAGGACUACUAUCAACGCCAGAUUGAAGAGUUGCACUGGAUGAUUGGAAAUGAUGUGGAAGAGCUCUACAAGGCACUUGGUGGUUAA